AUGAGUGACUCCACAGAAGCCAGGAUGCAGCAGCUGGGUUCCAUGGAGGAUGAAGAGUGGAUGGUCAGUGACACCAGGUGUUCUAAUAAAAGCUCCAGACUACGACCACAUUCUGGAACCAAGAGUUUAGCAGGAUGCCUGGGACGUGGCCAAAUCCUCUUGGUCCUGCACUUGCUCUCCUUCCUGUUCGUGGCUGGGCUCCUGCUGAUCAUUCUUGUCAAAGUUUCCAAGACCCCAAAUACCCAGGGGCAAGAGGAAUCUAAGCAUGAAGAGAUCGCCCAGGAACUGACCCAGCUAAAAGACCAACUCUUCUCCCAGGGGCGGAAUGAGUCCUCGCAGAUCUCUGAGCAACUGAUGCAGAUGAAAGCUGAACUCCUUUCCAGUAUCCUUAACGUCCAGGUACAGAACCAUUCUAAGCAGGAAAAGAUCUACCAGCAACUGGUACAGAUGAAGGCUGAACUCUUCCGCCUGUGUCGCCCCUGCCCCUGGGACUGGACUUUCCUCCGAGGAAACUGUUACUUCGUCUCCAAGUACCAGCAGAACUGGAGCAGUGCUGUCAAGGCUUGCCAAGAAGUGGAGGCUCAGCUGGUCAUCAUCCAAAGUGAUGAAGAGCAGAGCUUCCUGCAGCAGACUUCCAAAGCUAAAGGAGCAACCUGGAUGGGGCUGUCGGACCUGAAGAAGGAAGGCUCGUGGCUCUGGGUGGAUGACUCACCUCUGUCAUCCAGAUUCCAGAAGUAUUGGAAUAGAGGGGAGCCCAACAAUAUUGGGGAAGAAGACUGUGUGGAAUUCGCUGGGGAUGGCUGGAAUGACUCCAAAUGUGACCUCCAAAAGUUCUGGAUCUGCAAGAAGUCUGCAACCCCGUGCACUGCCAGCUGA